CCACACGCAUGGUGACUCUGUGUCACUCUCUCCAGCGCAAAUAAGUACUCUGUUUCUCUCUACAGAAUCCAAUGGCCGCAGUACCAGCGGUGGCUGUAAACGGAGUGAAGUUGGGGAUGCCAUCACAGGCGUACCUGGAGGGGAAGGCAGUGAAGGACACGAGGGUUUUAAUCUCGGACCUCUGCCGCCAGUUCUACAAUCUUGGAUGGGUCUCGGGAACUGGUGGCAGCAUCACCAUCAAGGUCCACGAUGACUCCAUCCCAAAGCCCCACCAGCUAAUCGUCAUGUCUCCCUCAGGUGUUCAGAAGGAGAGAAUGGUACCGGAGGAUAUGUAUGUCUUAUCUCCAGACGGGUCUAUCUUGUCACAGCCAUCUCCUAAACCAUAUCCACAUAAGCCUCCUAAAUGUUCUGAUUGUGGUCCUCUUUUCUUGAAGGCAUAUGAGAUGUGUAAUUCUGGAGCUGUUAUCCACAGUCAUGGAGUUGAAUCUUGUCUCGUAACAAUGCUACACCCACUUUCCAAAGAAUUUCGAAUCACUCACAUGGAAAUGAUAAAAGGAAUCAAAGGGCAUGGUUACUAUGAUGAACUUGUGGUCCCUAUUAUAGAGAACACUGCUUAUGAAUAUGAGCUCACAGAAUCUCUUGCUAAAGCUAUUGAAGCCUACCCAAAAACAACAGCUGUUCUUGUUCGUAAUCAUGGCAUAUAUAUAUGGGGAGACUCAUGGAUAAAUGCAAAAACUCAGGCGGAAUGUUAUCAUUAUCUUUUUGAUGCUGCUAUCAAGCUUCACCAACUGGGGCUGGACUGGUCUACUCCUAACCAUGGUCCCAUUUGGAAUGUUAAAGGAGGUUUAGGCAGUGGUGCAUCUGCAAACAUGUCUGUGAAGGCAGGGGCGAGUGCAGAUCAUGGAAUUGAGCCAUUGCGACGUUGCAUUGUUCUUGACAUUGAAGGGACUACAACCCCUAUAUCAUUCGUUACUGAGGUUCUCUUUCCAUAUGCUCGUGACAAUGUUGGGAGGCAUUUAUCUGCAACAUAUGAGACUGCAGAAACUCAAGAUGAUAUUAACUUGUUGCGGUCCCAAGUUCAGGAUGACCUGGAUCAAGGUAUUGUGGGUGCUGUUCCCAUUCCCUCUGAUAGUGCAGGGAAAGAGGAGGUGAUUGCUGCUUUGGUUGCCAAUGUGGAAGCAAUGAUAAAAGCUGAUAGGAAGAUCACUGCCUUAAAACAAUUGCAGGGUCAUAUAUGGCGUACUGGAUUUGAGACAAAUGAAUUGGAGGCAGUAGUGUUUGAGGAUGUACCGGAAGCUUUGGAGAAGUGGCAUGCUUUAGGCAUAAAGGUGUAUAUAUAUUCUAGUGGUAGCAGGUUGGCACAAAGGCUUAUAUUUGGAAAUACCAGUUAUGGGGAUCUAAGAAAAUAUUUGUCUGGAUUUUUUGACACCACAGUGGGGAAUAAAAGAGAAAUACGCAGUUAUGUUGAAAUCUCUGAAUCUGUUGGAGUUGAUAAGCCAUCAGAGGUUUUAUUUGUAACGGAUGUUUAUCAAGAAGCUGAAGCUGCAAAGGCGGCAGGGUUGGAGGUGAUGGUUUCCAUCCGGCCAGGAAAUGGACCCCUUCCCGAGAAUCAUGGAUUCAAAACAAUCAAAUCAUUCUCGGAAAUCUGAAUGCAGACGUGCCUCUGUAAUCAUAUUAAAUAUGACAAUUUUUUAUGAAAGAGUACAUACAUGAAUAACAAAAAGUCCUAAGAUGACCUCUUUGUAUGUGUUGCAGUCAA